AUGACUGAUAUGGUGACAGAAGCAAAUUCCGGCUUUGGCCUUGCGAGUAAUGGCGACAUGAUGGCACGCCCUCCUGAUUUGUGUAUCCAAGUUCUCAAAAUUUGGGCUAAGCUUUUUAGCGGAGAGGCUGUUUGGGAUGUGGUGCGCAUGAUUGGAAAAGCCCUGGCCGCAUAUGGCCAUAUCUUAGAAAGAAAAUCCCAAACAUGA